AUGAUGUGGCAGCUUCUGGUGGUGUCUCUCUGCGGCGUCCAGCUGGUUUCUGCGGUGACUCAUUCCCUGAGGUAUUUCCACACGGGAUUCACAGGAGUCCCAGGUUUUCCCGAGUUUGUGGCCGUGGGGAUGGUUGACGAUGAGCAGAUUGACUAUUACGACAGCGUAACCCAGAAGGAUGUGCCCAAACAGCAGUGGAUGAAAGAUCACAUGGAUGCCUCCUACUGGGAAAGACAGACACAGAAAAGAUUUGGAUGGCAGCAGGGAAGCAAUAAAUAUGCUUUGGAAGAACUACCAAAGAGGUUUAACCAGACAGACAUCUCUCCAGAGCGCCCCCAGGUGUCUGUGUUCCACAAGGACUCCAGAUCUGGCGGUACUGAGCUCACCUGCCUGGCCACGGGCUUCUUCCCCAGAGACAUCCUGGUGUCCUGGCUGAGAGACGGACAGGAGCUGCAGGAGGAUGUGGACAGUGGGGAGGUGCUGCCCAACGGAGACGGGAGCUUCCAGGUCAGGAAGAGUCUGAGAGUGAGAGCAGGAGAGGAGGACAAGUACUCCUGCAGAGUGGAUCACAAGAGCCUGAGUCCAGGAGAUAUCCUCAUGCCCUGGGAGCCCCCCAGUUCCAGCCUGGUGCCGAUCAUCGCCGCUGUCUGUGCUGUUGUGGCCCUGGCUGUGAUCGCUGUUGUGGCUGUGGUCCUGGUGCGCAGGAGGAAGAGCUCAGGAGGUCAGAAGCCCAUCUACAGACAGGCAGCAGGAAAGGAACCAGGUGAUUCCUCUUCGAACUCCAGCGCCUGAGGUAAGAGCUGUCACUGUCUCACCCUCUCUUGUCUGUGAUCUCCACUUGUGUCCCUGUCUGACUGGCCCCUCACCUGUCUGUCUGACUGGCC